UACAGAUAGAUAAGACAGAUACUGGGUGAGAGAGAAAAGCAGAUAGGUUUUAAAGGCAUGAGUACUUUUUCUCAUAAUGACUCAUCAUAGCCUUUUAUGAAUAAUCCCCUGAAACAGUUCUGGUCCCCUGCUCAGUCUUACACUCAGAGGGUCCCAGAUCACAUCUUAUCUCACCUUCUCUUCCACGAUGCCAUCUCACUAUUAUUUAGCUUUUACUUUCAUAGGCGUCUCUUUCCUCUCUGCUGUGCUCUCCAAGAAGUGCAAUGAGUCACAAUAUCCCUGGCCAAGGAACAAACCUGAGUUUUGCUGUGACCGGUGCCUACCAGGUCGACGUAUGGCAUGGCGUUCUGACAGUACAUGUAAAAUUCAGUGCGAUCCUUGCAUGAAAGGCCAGUACAGAGACACAUGCAACGUGGAGUUGAGCUGCAAAUUUUGUCGAAGUUGCAAAGAAUCAAACUUGGAGUUUGAGUCAACUUGUAAUGGCACCCAUGACGCUGUGUGCAGAUGUAAAGCUGGCUUUAGAUGCAGAGGCCAACCCUGCACCGAGUGUGAGCAGAUACCAACUACCGUCACACCCUCUGCCACCACCGUCUCCACCACACUCCCUCAACCCUUCACCACUACCAAACUGACGCCGAAUACUCAAGAUAGAGCAUGGCUCUGGGUGAUGGUUGCCCUUCUGUGUGCAGGCAUUGCAUGUUUCGUUGCAGCGAAAAACAACUCUUUAAAGCGCUGGUUCGGAAACAAGCUCUGCUACUAUCUGGAUGAAAAACCUGCUACUUCUUCAACAAGCUCAGAGGACGAGGAAGUAUCAAAGCCAAUCCAGGAAGUUUGUGGAAAAUGUGACCAACUUCUUGAUGUUUGAAUAAGAGACAAGAGCCUGGACUAGAAAGAGCCUCUAUUUACAGUGGGACAUUGACUGACACCGUUUGGAUGCAAAGCUUGUCUUGUGCUUUGGACUUUUGUGACAAUGAAAGGAACAUUCUCUGGAUUCAGGACUGAAGGUGUUUCCUGAUGGGAGCAGGACUGUGUGAUAUCUGUGACGUUGAGAUGGUUUAAGUGUUUUAAAGCACAAUAUACUUUUUAAAUGUUACAUGUGAAUGUUUUAAACUUACAUACCUCUCUAGACUUUUGAUUGAAAAUAAGAUUUUAUUGCAAUCAAAAUCAAGUUCAUGCGACACAUAAAAAAUUAAGUACAUAAGGGAGAGCUGAGCUUAUUAAAACUAUUUACAUUACAUUUUAAAUUAUAGCUCACAAAGGAAAGCACCAUCCAGCAGUUCUUCCGAGAGUCAAAGUAUCUUAUGUGUACAGACCAGUUUUACCAAAACCUUUAGACAGAAACGUCUCUGUAAAACUGUGGUUCAUGGUUUACCAGAUUAAUUACACACACUUCUGUGUAAAUUCAGUUUCUUCUUUCACAAGUACUACGAUCAGUCUGUAAGCCAGCAGACAAAACAACUACUACAAAAUCUAUUUUUUAUACAUCAUAGAACUUCCUCUUUGGACACAUGGCAGUCUUUUCCCUGCUCCUGGGAGGGGAAGAACAUGCUGUCAAUCUCUACACUCCUCUCUUCCUCAGAGAGAUGAAUACUGGGAGAGGAUGUUGGUUGAAAAACAGGACAGUCUCUCCCGUCCUCUUCCUUGCUGCACCUUCUCUCACUUGUCUUCACACCUUCAAUUGUCGGACCAACUUGGCCAGUAAACUGAUUGAGCAAGCUGAAGAUGACCGUCCCUGGGUUGUGGACAUGGACUGGCCCUACAAAGACAACAAAAAUCAAAGAGUGACGUUUAAGAAAAGUUUUAUUUACCUGUUUAGAUUCAGAUAAGGGGAAUUUAGUUCAUUUUAUACUCAUUGCAGUGACACAGCUGCAGUUGCACAAUCUUUAUUUUCUUGACAACCUCAUAAAGUGAGUCAAGCACUUCACAUGAAAUUCUCAUUUUACUAAGGAGUACCGAGAUUGGCUGCUGGAAGCAGUGCUGGCUGCUGCUUUGCACUGAAUGAGUCUCUAGGAGGCUGAUGAGUUGGCUCCUUUGGCUUGUGAGAAGGGACUCUACCUCCCUAAAACAGUAAAAAGAGUGUCAGACAAACAACAGAGAAAUGAUCUCACGUUUAGAGGUUCAUGAUAGAAUGAAUGUUUAAAGUAAGCUACUUACCUCAUUGCAGAGCUUUGACAUAGCUGUGGAAGUGCAUUUGAAUAAAUGAGUA